AUGCCUUCUGCAACACAAAAACCGAAAAGGCUCACUUUGGAGGAGUUUUACAAGAUGAAUGGAAUGGACACCUCGAGUUUGUUGAACCAUUCCUCAGUGGGUCAGUCUUCCAACAAUAACCUCUCGGAGGAAGAAUACGAAGAGGAUAGCCCACAAGAAUCCAUGAAAAAAGGAAAUGAAGAGAAAAAGCUGAAAGGAGUUUUGAGGAAUGGUACUCAACAACAACAGCACGGAUCAAAGAAAGCAAAGGAAAUUUCCUAUUUACAUGAUGACUUUGAAGGAGAUGUUUUAUAUGAUUAUUAUGAUAUCGGAGAGCAAGAAGAAUAUAGUGAUGAUGAUGAUGAGGAUUAUGAAUUUAAUAAUGAUGAGGACUUUCGUGUUGCAUCAAGUGAUAACAACAAUACUGUUCUAACGGAGCGUCAGCAUGUAUUAUCAGGGAGCACGUCAGCCGUUGAAACUGCUGGUCUUUCAAGAGACACAAACGCUCAAUCUACUUCAACAUCAUCCAACAACAAAUAUUCUGGAAGAAUUAACCUUACAACAUCCAUCAGAACAGAUAUUUCAAAAGUGCAAAAGAAGGAAUUAGAAUCAAGAAUUAAGUUAACAAACAAACUGGAGGAACGAGCGACUGUGGAACAAGUUAUUGACACCCGAACCAGAAUGAUUCUCUUCAAGUUAAUGAACAAUGGAUUCUUUUAUUCGGUAAAUGGGUGCGUUUCAACGGGUAAAGAGGCAAACGUCUAUUAUGCUUGUGGAGACGAAGAUGAAGAAAAUUCGGAAAAGCAAUAUGCCAUCAAAAUUUACAAGACAUCCAUUUUGGUAUUCAAAGACAGAGACAGAUACGUUACCGGAGAGUACCGUUUCAAAUCAGGUUAUUCCAAGCAUAAUCCCAGAAAGAUGGUGAAAGUAUGGGCAGAAAAAGAAAUGAGAAAUUUAAGAAGAUUGGAAAAUGUUGGAAUACCAUGCCCAAAGGUUCAUGUCUUGAAACAUCAUGUUCUCGUAAUGUCGUUCAUUGGAAAGAAUGGAUGGCCAGCUCCAAGACUGAAAGAUGCAAAGCUAUCUCCAACAAAACUUAGAGAAAUAUAUCUUGACAUUAUCAAAUCUGUUCGUACCAUGUAUCAAAAAGCAAAACUGGUACAUGGAGACUUGAGCGAGUACAAUUUGCUUUACUUCAAAGGAAGAGUAUAUUUUAUAGACGUUUCUCAGAGUGUCGAAAAUGACCAUCCUAAUGCACUUGAAUUUUUGAGAAAGGAUUGCGAAAAUGUUAAAAAUUUCUUCUUCAAGAAUGGACUUACUAACAUCAUGACAACAAGAGAAUUAUUUGACUUUGUAACGGAUAUUACCCUAACCGAUGAUAUGGUUGACUCCUAUUUAGAAACUAUGAUGGAAAAAAUUCAAGAUAGACCUCCAAUAACAGCCAAAGAUGAAGUAGAUGCUGAAGUAUUUAAACAAGUUUACAUCCCACGUACCUUGACCGAAAUUAUGGAUUACGAGGCUCAUAGAGAACAAAUUGAACUUCAAGAAAAUACUGACGACAUUUUCUACAGAAGUGUGACCGGUAUCAAUAUGGACUUGUCUGGUGCUGCCACAACACCAUUUGGACUCACUGAAGAGGAAGCAGAGAGGAUUCAGAAAAAAUUGGAAGAAAAUCAGGGAGAAGAUGCACAACAAGAGCCAACAAAACCCUCUCUGGACGCUCCAUCAACUCUCGUUUCAGCUGACCAAGAACAAACUGUCAAAGAUGGUGCUGACGAAAGUGUGAUCAAUAAUGGUGAUGAGGAAUGCGAUGUUUCUAGCAGUUCUGACGAUACAGAAAACACGAAUGAAGAAGGCAAGAAUGGAAAGAAAGUAAGAAAGAAAAAACCACCUCUUCCAGAUCUCGAGAAUAUGGAAAGACAUGAACGAAAGAAAUGGGUCAAAGAAUAUAACCGAGAGCGAAGAAAAAACAAGAUACCAAAGAAGGUUAAGAAAAAGCUUGAAAAGAAGCACAAGAAAUAA